AUGCUGAUCGUUGAUUUAAAGCUCACUUUGGGCUUUAGCGGUAUACUUAUUGUACUUGCAUCUGUUUCUUCUGCAAUCGGGAUUUGGAGUUACGCUGGCUGGCCUGCUAGUAUGAUCAUCAUUGAAGUGAUCCCCUUUUUGGUACUAGCUAUCGGCGUGGACAAUAUCUUCAUAAUCGUGCAGCACUUUGAAUUUGACCAUAGCCAUACCAAAUCCAUACUAACGCCAUCACAUUCUUCAGAUCAGCACCUAGGUAUGACAGAUUCUACUGGCCUCGGCUCUUAUUCAGACCAGCAGGCUGUUUCCGGAAAAGAGCUCUCAGUGACCAAGACUUGCUCAAAUAGUGAGGUUGCUCUGUCCUCGUCCUCUGCUUUGGACGGGCCUCCCCUGCCAACUUCAAUGGUGCAUGGACAAUCGGAAGGUGAACUCUUGCUAUUUCGUCAGAAACAGAAUGACAUAAAUCGAGCUGUACAGGCCAGAGUUGCGCAUACCCUUGCCCAAGUGGGACCUUCCAUGCUACUAUGUAGCCUGUCCGAGUGUGUCGCCUUCUUUUUAGGCAAGUCAGUUAUUUAA